AUGGCCUCAUGUGGCAUUGUAUUAGUAGGACACAUAGUAUCUGAACAUGGCAUAGUGGUAGACCCUGUUAAGAUUGAUGUUAUUGCUAAGCUCCCUUACCCCACAAAUGUGAGGGAGGUUCAUUCAUUUCUUGGUCAUGCAGUGGACUAUGUUUCCAAAUGGGUAGAAGAAAAGGCCAUAGUUAGUAAUGAUGCUAAAGUGGUUGCAGGUUUCCUGAAGACUAACAUUCUAUGCAGAUUUGGCUUCCCUAAAGGAAUCAUUAGCGACCAAAGAUCACACUUUUGCAAUCGGGUCAUUGCCUUCUUAUUGAAGAACUACGGUGUUCGACAUCAUAUUGCAACCCCAUACCACCCUCAAACUAAUGGACAGGCGAAGGUGUCCAACAAGGAAGUAAAGACCAUUUUGGAAAAGGUGGUCAACCCAGGAAGAAAGGAUUGGAGCCUCCAACUGGAUGACACUCUAUGGGCUUACAAGAUAACUUUCAAAACUCCUAUUGAGAUGUCCUCCUACUGGAUGAACAGAGUGAAGGACCUUCAUGAAAAAAUGUUUGCAUCCAAGGAGUUUCAGGUAGGACAAAAGAUACUUCUUUAUAACUCUCGAUUGAAAUUUAUGCCUGGUAAACUCCGGUCCAAGUGGAUUGGACCAUUUGAUGUUUCUCACGUUUAUCCUUAUAGUGCAGUAGACAUUGUUAAUCUUGAGACAGGGAAGGUUAUUAAGGUCAAUGGGCAUAGGUUGAAGGUCUUCCAAGAUGGUGAGUCGUUGAACUUCUUUGACAUCGCCUACCGAUUGGACUCGUCGAUCUACAUCUGA